GUGUCUGCCGGAGACGGAGGAGUUCGGGCAAGAUGUUGGCCGCAUCGGGUCAUUUCAGGGGGAAAUUCGGUGUGAACCCCCGAACAACCAGCUUAAUAAGUUCGAUGGGACCUUGUACUGGGAUAACCAAGCGCAUCCUUUGGACAAUGACAAGAUCCUGCUGCGCGGUUGCAUCCUCCGGAACACCCAGUGGUGCUACGGCGUGGUCAUCUUCGCCGGCAAGGACACCAAACUCAUGAUGAAUUCUGGGAAGACAAAGUUCAAACGCACAAGUAUUGAUAGAUUGUUAAACUUCAUUAUUUUAGGGAUUGUAUUUUUUCUGCUUUCUAUGUGCCUAUUUUGCACUGUAGCCUGUGGAAUAUGGGAGACAUUGACAGGUCAGCACUUCAGAAUUUUCCUGCCAUGGGAUAGUCUUGUACCGCCAGAGCCAGCUGGUGGUGCUGCUGUGAUAGCCCUCUUGGUCUUUUUCUCAUAUGCCAUUGUCCUGAACACCGUUGUGCCUAUUUCUCUAUAUGUUAGUGUGGAAGUAAUUCGAUUAUGCCAGAGUUUCCUCAUCAAUUGGGAUGUUGCCCUUUGUUAUGCUCCUACUGGGGUGCAUGCAAAAGCACGCACAACCACCCUGAAUGAGGAGCUUGGCCAGAUUGAAUAUAUUUUCUCAGACAAGACUGGAACUUUAACACAGAAUAUUAUGACAUUCAACAAAUGUUCCAUAGCUGGAAGAUCAUUUGGAGAUAUCAUAGAUCCGAGAACAGGUGAAAGUUUGGAAAUUAAUGAGUCAGGAACUUGGAUCAGGAAGAAAACGAAGAAGUCAUCAAGUCAGCGAAAUGCCAACCUGAGAACACCACCUGAUGCCACAGUGGACAACCUCAUUGGUCCCUUAGAUGAGACAGAGGUCAACCUGCUGAGUGAUGAAGAGUACCGACAGUACACAAGAUCAGUGGAUUUGUCACACAACCCAUACCAUGAGUCAAGCUUCAAGUUUUACGACCACGCACUGACGGAUGCUCUAGAUGCAAGUGAUCCCAGCUGUGAGCUCUUCUUUCGACUCCUUGCACUUUGUCACACUGUGAUGUCAGAGGAUAAGAAUGGAAAACUGGAAUACCAAGCACAGUCACCAGAUGAGGCCGCGUUGGUCUCAGCUGCUCGCAACUUUGGUUUUGUUUUCCUUUCUCGCACACCAAAUAGUAUUACCAUAUCAGCAAAAGGAACUGAAGAAAUGUAUGAGCUGCUUUGUAUCCUUGACUUUAAUAAUGUCAGGAAAAGAAUGUCGGUCAUUCUCAAGAGAGAUGGUAAAAUACGACUAUAUUGUAAAGGUGCUGACUCCAUCAUAUAUGAAAGAUUAAAAGAUGGACAAGAAAGUUUGAAAUAUCAUACUCAGGAGCAUCUGAAUAAAUUUGCAGGGGAAGGUUUGCGAACACUAUGCCUUGCAUACAAGGAUUUAGAUGGAGAAUAUUUUCAAAAUUGGAAAGCUCGGCAUCAUGAAGCUGCCAUUUCUCUGGACAGGCGAGAGGAGAAAUUGGAUGCUAUUUAUGAAGAGAUUGAAAAGGAUCUUAUUCUUUUGGGAGCUACAGCUAUUGAGGACAAGCUGCAGGAUGGAGUACCUCAGACCAUAGCCAAUCUUGCAAUUGCUGGUAUUAAGAUCUGGGUGCUUACAGGUGACAAACAGGAAACUGCAAUCAAUAUUGGUUAUUCCUGCCAGUUGUUGACAGAUGAUAUGCUUGACAUCUUCAUCAUUGAUGCCCACACUGCCUCAGAAGUUGAAGAUCAGCUCAAAAAAUAUCGUGAGGAAAUUCGCAAUGUGAAUGCCACAAGUCAACCACAGACAAACUUAUCAGUUGUCACAUUCAGCGAUGAAGGCGUGGGGCAGGACACUCUGAGUGAUGCUGGUGAGCCAAAUGGAGGCUUUGCUCUGGUCAUAAAUGGCCACUCCUUGGUUUGGGCUCUCAGUCCCAAGUUCGAGCAGCUCUUCCUGGAAGUUGCCAGUCAGUGUAAAUCCGUUAUAUGCUGUAGAGUGACACCCUUGCAAAAAGCCUUGGUUGUUGAUUUGGUGAAACGCUACAAGAAAGCAGUGACUCUGGCAGUGGGUGAUGGAGCUAAUGAUGUGUCAAUGAUUAAAACUGCUCACAUUGGAGUGGGCAUAUCUGGCCAGGAGGGCUUGCAAGCAGUCUUAGCAUCAGAUUAUUCAGUGGCGCAGUUCCGAUUUCUCGAGAGACUGUUGCUGGUGCACGGCCGUUGGUCCUAUUACCGGAUGUGCAAGUUCCUCAGAUACUUCUUCUACAAAAACUUUGCUUUCACUUUAUGCCACUUUUGGUUUGCCUUCUUUGUGGCAUUCUCAGCACAGACACUGUUUGAUCCCAUGUUUAUAUCAGUCUAUAAUCUGUUCUACACAUCGAUGCCUGUGUUGGCUCUCGGCAUCUUUGAACAAGAUGUCAAUGCUGUGAAUAGUAUCAAGUUUCCCCGUCUCUACAGCCCUGGUCUCAACAAUGCUCUGUUUAAUAAACGAGAAUUCUUCAGAUCUGCCCUUCAUGGAUUUCUAACCUCUUGUGUCCUGUUCUUCAUACCGUUUGGUGCAUACUAUAAUGGCAUGGAUCAGGAUGGGCGUAGUAUGGCUGAUCAGCAAACAUUUGGCAGUGUUGUAGCAACGAUACUUGUCAUUGUAGUCACUGUACAAAUUUGUUUGGAUACAUCAUAUUGGACCAUGUUCAACCACAUCACCAUAUGGGGAUCUCUCAUCUUUUACUUUCUGCUGCAAUACUUCUACAACUUCGUCAUUGGUGGUGAAUAUGUUGGAGCCCUAGCUAAGGCCAUGGGUGAGCCAAUGUUCUACUUUACCUCGCUCCUAACUAUUGUGGUGUUGAUGCUGCCUGUGAUGGCGUGGCGCUUCUACUGGGUGGAUGUCCAUCCCACUCUUUCCGACAAGGUGAGGUUUAAACAGCGCCAUGAUGCAAAGAUGGCAAGCAAGAGGUCUGACCACGACAUGCUUCGUACUCCAUCGGCAAGAAGAUCACGGCGAUCCAUCCGUUCGGGUUAUGCAUUUGCCCACCAGGAAGGGUUUGGCCGCCUCAUCACAAGUGGGAAAAUCAUGCGGCCAAGAAAUCCAAAGCCUGGCGCCAUGUCCAAUGGCCGAACCUCAAAUCUUCGUCCAGAUGCCAACAGAGUUUCAGUGGUGGCACCAGCACCCUCUACGGUGGAGGUGUAAUGAUCACCUUUUGUACUUAUCAGUUGUGAGUGUGUGUGUGCGCCUGUAUAUAUGAUAUAUCGUGGUGAUGAAAUAAUGUUUGGGGAUAUUUAUUUGAAUCUGCCACUGGUGCCAAUAGUUUGAUUUAGGAAACUAGAAAACACUUAGUAAAUACAAUUCUUUUAUUAAUACAGUAUUUGAAAGUUAUUUUCCUAAUAGCUUAUGUGAAACUAGGUGAUAAAGGCAGAGCCUUAAUAUUCUUGUAAAUGGAGAAAUGUCUGUGUGAGAGGAAAUAUCAAAGAAAAAUGAAAUCUAGAAAAGUGAACUUCAGAUGAAGACAUCAGUGAUUAAGCUAAGAAAGGAAAGAGGAAAGUGUUUGAAGACUUAUGCAUAGAAUGCCAAGAAUUUUUUUUUUCCAAAAUGGAAAGCUAAGAUUGCCUUGACAUGUACUUAGGCCACGAUGGAGGUGCCGCUAGGUGCUCCUUUCUCAUAAGUGUACUUAUGCUAGAUUUCUCAGGUUUUCUUUCUUUUGUAUGAUUUGUUUCUUUUCUCUCCUUCUCUGUCUUCAUUAUUAUUGUUGAAGUCAUGAUUUUUUUUUAAAUCUCUUUUUUAUGCAUUUGUUCAUCUUUGAGGUGGAAGUGUUGGACAAGGAACAAUGUGUGGUGGUAUUUGAUGCUUGUUCUUGUUUCGUCAGUUAAUUGAUUAAUUUUUUUUUUUUCUGACUUGUUCAUGAAAGGUGUACAUUUGUAGGUUUUAAUUAAGGUAAUGGAAUUCCAUAUGUGCUGAUUGAUAAACAUUCACUCAUAAUAAGAUGAUAUACAUGUUAAAACAUACUAUACAUCCAUAGAUUUUACAUUUUAUUGUACACAAAUCCAACUUAUAAUUGCUUACAGAAAAAAAAUUAUCCAACUAGU